UUGGUUUCAAUGAAGAUCAGGAAUGUUACCCACAGCCUUGUAAGUUGCCUGCUCCACUGGAGCACUAUCUACCUACUAUCGACCUAAUAUUAUCCACUUUGGGCCCACUUUGUGCCCCACCUCCUUUCCCCAGACCCCAGGCUGCACAUCUUCCAUCCUGACAGCAGACCUGCAGAUAUCCUCCUGUCUGGAUGACUAAGGGAAAAAUUGCCAGAAGCAUACCAUGGCUCGCUCUCCUCACCCCCCUGACUGGAGGGAGAUGACGAAUGGAGGGGGGCACCCCCACUUCAACAAUGGAGGCCAGGCCGGGGGUUCCCACAGCUCCACGGGCUACAUGCUGAAGAAGCAACAGCACCACCACCGCCGCCAACACAGACGCAGGUCGAGCUCGCCAAUGGGCAGGGUGAUCCUCAUCAACGCACCUGUUGAUGGAGGGGAUGACUGUGAAGACAUUCACACAGUGACAGUAGAUAAGAGUUCAGACGGACGUCUGGGUUUCAGUGUCCGUGGGGGCUCCGAACAUGGCCUCGGCAUAUUUGUCAGCAAGGUGGAGGACGACAGCUCUGCAGAGCAGGCUGGGCUGACUGUGGGCGAUAAGCUUGUGGAGGUGAACGGGGUCAGCCUGGAGAGCAUCACCAUGAGCAGCGCUGUGAAGGUCCUGACAGGCAACAACAGGCUGAGGAUGGUGGUGAGACGGGUGGGAAAGAUCCCCGGCAUCCGCUACUCUAAGGAGAAGACCACAUGGGUGGAUCUGAUUCACCGGCGGAUGGUGGUGGAGGAGACUGGUCGCACACCUUCAGAGACCAGUUCAGAUAGCGCUCUCCGUCGAAUCGUACAUCUCUUCACCACCUCAGAUGACUACUGUCUGGGCUUUAACAUCAGGGGAGGCAAAGAGUUCGGACUGGGGAUUUAUGUCUCUAAGUUGGACCCGGGUGGGCUUGCAGAACAGCAUGGCAUCAAAAUGGGCGAUCAAAUCCUUGCAGCCAACGGGGUCAGCUUUGAUGACAUCACUCAUAGCAAUGCAGUCGAGGUCCUGAAGAGCCACACCCAUGUCAUGUUGACGAUCAGGGAAGCUGGGAGAUACCCUGCAUACAAGGAGAUGGUGGCAGAAUACGGCUGGCUCGGCAAAUUGGCCAAUGGGGGCCCAGCACCAUCCUCCCAGGGUUCAGAGUCCAACUCUUCUGCCUCCUCAUUGUCUUCCAGCACCCCCCUGAGCUCCCUCAGUGGUCUCUCCCAGGUCCUUUUCCCUCCUAUCUUUGGCUCCGAGAUGGUAGACGUCGCCAUCUCUACAGAGGACCGCUCCAGACGUCAAAGCACCGCUGAGCGGACUGCUGACACCGCCAUACAGACUGACCCCCACCCUCCAAACUACCUGGACCACCCCUCUCCUAAUGGGUCAUACCCUGACCAGCUGGUUGGCUCAGAAACCAGCCGGUCUGUAGGGGCCACAGUGCUGCUGAAGGACACACUUAUACGUGGGAAAGGGGAAGGGCCAAGGGAGAUGAGAGGAGCUGGGGAAGGAGGGCGGGGACGGACGAGGACGCUGUCAUCAGGAGAGCAGGAAGUAGAGGAAUCCUCACCUAAGACGGCAGCGCUGAUGGCCCUGAGCAGGCCGCGAAAGCCAAUCAGACGUUCUCAGAGCCACAUCACUGCAUCAGAGGACAGAAAAAAUAAGAAGAAGCAACAGAAGGAGAAGCGCUCAGCAGAGGGUAAAAGCACCCUGCAGCGAUCCAAAACCUUUGUCAACCGGUUGUUUAAGAAAGACCGUAAAGAGAAGAGUCACUCCAAGUCACCAUCUCAACAUGCUGACAAAGAUAAGGAGGGAGGUCGUCCCUUCCAGCUCCUCACAUCCCCGAGGGAGACCCGUGCUGGUGUCAGAGACAGCAGCCCGCUGCCCCGACCUGAGACCAUGCAGCACGUGGAGGACAUGGCAAAGAAACUGCUCAUCCACGAUGAGGUGGCUGCUGUGAUGAGACACUGUCGGCGGUUUUUGUCCGACAAUGUGACUGAAGAUUUAGUGCGUCCGCUUUUGGCAAUCUUGGACAGGCCAGAAAAACUGCUUCUUCUCAGAGAAAUAAGGAUGCUGAUACCUACGACUGAGUUGGCUCGGUUUGACAGUAUGGUCAUGCCCUUUGAGCUGGAGGCGUACAAUGUCCUUAAGAAUCGCUCGGGUCGUUCUCCAGCUCUGCGCUCCCUCCGUAGUGGAACCCCUCGACGUCACCUCAUCACCCCGAUCCCAGACUACAGGGGUGGGUUCCACCUGCAGCCAGUCCAGGGCACACUACGGGAGCAUCAGUUAAUUGAGGAGUUGGAGAGAUUACGUUUUUCCGGCCAACAGUCAGGCCAUGUGCCUCCAUCCCGUGCCUUCACCCCUCUGCUGGAUAUACCUGUUGACGACUACACCUCCUCCACUGUGCGCUCCCGCUCCCUGAGCCCCUCACCCACCCACAGCUCCUUCCUCACAGAGUCUCCACACAGCAUCCAACGUGGGCGCCAACCCCUUCACUCCCCAAUCAGAAGAGAGAACUGUGCGUUGCGGCAUGAUGUGUCUGACCGAGGAGAUGUGGCCCCUGAACGAGGGAGGUCACCUGUGAGGAACGGCCGUGGGAGAGUGAGGAGGGAGGCGAGUCCUGACAGCAUAGAUGGCCGACUGAACAGGCAGGAAGGCUACACAGAGGUCAGUGUACAUGUUCCUUCGCACCGACAGGGAAGAACCCCUCUGGCUGAUGUAUUUCCCCCGAGACAAGACAAGAGUCCGUCCAUGGGCAGAGGGAGCAGCCAGCAACUAAAUGGACAUUCACAAAAUGGUCAUGGUGUGAAAAGAAGAGCAACUCUGGCACCUGUAGAGUAUAAAAUCACCACUUUGACCAUCUCCAAGGCCAAGCAGUCACUGGGUAUAAGUAUCUCUGGAGGUAUGGAGUCUAGAGUCCAGCCCAUGAUAAAGAUUGAGAAAAUCUUCCAAGGAGGAGCUGCAUCUACAAAUGAGGCUCUGAAGGAAGGAUACGAACUGUUGUCCGUGGAUGGUGAGAGUCUGCAGGGAGUGACACAUCAGCACGCAGUGGACGUAAUUCGCCGUUCGUUCAGCAACAAGGCCAAAGACCCGAUGGUUUUUGUGGUCAAGGUUCCAAAGGUUCCUGUCACCCCCACCAGCCCCAGGAGACCUGCUGACUAACCCCUGUGUGCCUCACAGCCAGACUGCAGCUCGGGCAUGAAGGACACCAAAACCUGCAACUCCUGUGGGAGUGAAUAAACUACAGGAUUCACUCCAGAAGAAGAAUUAUGAGACAGGGAGACCUCAGGUCAUAGUGGAGAGGAAUGGAUGCACAGAAGCAUUUGUCCUAGGAAAGGCAGAGUUAUGGCAGUAAGUAGCAGGAGCCAUGUCAAAGCGAAAGGUGAACACAUUGAAGCAAGUUUUUAAGACUGAUGCAGUAGCUUAUUUAUCAAGAUAAAGAUUGUUAUAAAUCACUUUUGCUACGAUGAAAUGUCAAGAUACUAAAUGCUGCAACUGUACGACUUUUAUAACGUUUUUAGCAAACAUUUUACUAGACGCAUACAUUGCACAUUAACUGGACAAAAAGUAAGAAUAUGUGUUUUAUGAUAAGAUUGUGUGGUUCAUGAGCUCCUCCCAGGUUGAAAUUGUGCCACUGUUUGACACGUGGCAACCUUGCAGUGACCUCUGAGCACUGUCUGAUUGUGAAGCCAGCGGUCUGCACUUUUCAGAUGGAGCAUCUCAGUCCAGCGGCCCUGCAGGCCUGCCAGAAGGAGAUUACCCCAGCAUGCGUUAUGAGAUUUAUAGAUUUAUACUCAGAUUAAACCCCUGUAUUAUGUCAAAACUGAUAGUUUGGGUUUAGUGGAUGUCUGGGGGGAUUAUUACAAAUUGCUGCUCAGUAUUUUUGUGCUGUAUGUUUCUGGCAGAAGUGCUUGUGCUCUGUAGCAAUCCGCCACUUUAGAGGCUUAAUUACACCACGCUGUGGACUGAGCUUAUGCAGACAUGUGGAAGGGUUGGAAAAACAUGUCAGUGAGAAAUACAGGACAUGAAGGCACGGUGGUACAGUUUAAAUCAAAGCAGGGUGAGGAGAUAUGGGCAGCAAAGUAACUGGAAUAUUGUGUGUGCAUAGUGCCUUACUUCUGACUUCUGCAGUGGGGAAAACACUGAUAAAUGUUACACAGACAUUGGUAAAAGAAAAGCUCAAGGUGAAAUGUUUCAGACAUGCAAUUAAAUUUAUAGAUGAAAUUGAGUGUGUCUAUGGAUUUGAGUUAUUACAAAGUGCUUCCGAUAUUUGACUUUAACGCAAUAAAUUCUCAGUCAGUGUACUUUGCUCACCAUUGAUGUGUAUAAGUAAAAAAAAAACGGUUAAAUCAACAGUGACUUUAAGGUGUGACAACUUGUUCUUUAAUUAAAAACACAGUCAUUUGUACAAGAAAUGUACACAUAAAAAUAUACAUAGACAACUACAUACUUUAUGAAUUACUGAAGACACAACGUAAGUAAACAUUAAAAAAAAAAAGAUGGAGAAAAAUGCCACAAAAAAUGAAUGUGUUACGUUGCUUUGGUCUAGUCACAGUGGCUACAUUUGAAAUAGAUAUUUUGUCUAAAUAAAAGACAAUGUCACUCUGUUAUACUAUUUAGUGUUUUACAUAUUUACACAGAAAGCUGUUAUGCGAUGAUGAAGAGAACUGAUAUAUGAGGAGAAGACAGGAUGUCCGGGAUGCACGCGGUAGUUGUCAGUGAGGGAGUCUGCUAAUCUGUACCUGUGGUGAGUUAAGUAACAGUCUUGGUCUGGUCAGCAAAUUGAUUGCAAAUGAUUCGACAAACCCAACUUGUUCCAUUCAAGUUGCCAUUCCCGUGGCUUUGUGUUAACCUUUUAUGCACAGUGCAGACAUUUAAUGAUCUACAAAAGCUCUCGCACCACAGUGAACGUGGUAAUGUCAUGCAAAAUAUAUACUGAUCAAAUUUUUCUGUUAGCCGUUUGACUGAAUUUCCAAAUACGGGAAACAUAACACCUUCUUGGUUUGCAUCAGCUCCGACCUCAACUUAAUGGAGAAAUCCCUCAAAAACGACCCGUCUCAUGCAUUUAUAAACUGAUGACGUGCACAAAACCCAACAAUGAAGACAAGAACCGGUGUGAUAUUCAUAUGAUACUGAAGAUCAAAUGAAAGAUCAAUCAAAAUGGAGAGACGACAGGUCAAAACUGAGCCCAACUGUUUUUAUCAACUGCAAAGUUUGGUCAUUAGAGUGUGUUACAAAGAUUAUAUAAUGUAAACAUAUUAUCAUGCAUUACAGUAUUAGGUGCACUCUUUCUAUGCUGCCGCCUCCAUUUAUAACUGAUCCAUCAUUCGAAAUAUUGAUGUGAUAUAGAUAUAUAUUUAUAUAUAUAGAAGUCUUUAUAUUUGUAUAUUAAACCCACACUUAUACCAGUACUACAACAAAAUAUCUUCAGUUGCUAUAUAUAAAAAAAUAUACAACAUCUCCUCCAUUAUAUAGAUUUCCAUUUAACUAUUAUUCCUUGAUAUAGACUCUUUGUAAAAUAAAAGUUCUCCAACCCAGAGAGACCCGCCAUGCUCAGUGUUAUAUACAGCCCUGCAUAUACUGUGAGAAAACAGAGCAGCCCACAGCUUCAAAUGUAUCAUGCUCCUCACUGGUUUAUAUUUAGGGCUUUAACGGCCGACCUGCCUUGAGGACAUUCAGUGCUGGAGCCUCUGCAAAUUCUCAUCUCACCGCUAUCUGAACAGGCUUCUUCUGAAAUCUGACAUAACAAAGACAUGCAGACAUGCCAGCCUCAUUACCUGUAUAGCAGUCAGUCAAGAUUAUAGUCUAGGGGAGACUAGGAAGACUUUAAAAAAGUG